AUGAUGGUGAUGGUGAUGAUGGUGACGGUGUGCCACGCCUGCCCGAGGAUCUGCCACUGCUCCGACAGGAACGGCCUGGUGGUCCAGUGCACGUCCCGAGACCUGGACCACAUCCCGCCGCACCUCCCGAAGGACACCGCCGUGCUCCUGCUCUCCUCCAACCGCAUCCGCCACCUUCCGAAGGGGGCCCUCGCCGACCUGCACCUCCUCCGGGAGCUGGACCUGUCGCAGAACGCCCUGGACAGCGUGGAGGCCGACGCCUUCCAGGGCGUGUCGGAGGACCUCCAGACUCUGGAUCUGUCCCAGAACCAGCUGAGCAGCCUGCCCAGGGACACCUUCUCCAGGCUGCACGCCCAGGUCCGCCUCUCGGGGAACCCCUGGCACUGCGAGUGCUCCCUGCAGGAGGUCCUGAGGGAGCUGAGGCUCGACCCCGAGACCGUCAACGAGGUCACCUGCUUCUCCUCGGUGGAGGAGGAGUACGUGGGCCACCCCGUCAUCCAGGUCCUGGACUCGGGCGUCAACUUCUGCAACUUCCACCACAAGACCAUGGACUUGGCCAUGUUCGUGGCCAUGUUCUGCUGGUUCUCCAUGGUGAGCGCCUACAUCAUCCACUACAUCAGACACAACCAGGAGGACGCCCGGAGGCACAUGGAGUACCUCAAGACCCUGCCCAGCACCUCGCACCUGACCAAGGACCCCGACACAGCCAGCAGCGUCUGCUAG